UUUUUCUUUCUUCUCAAGUAAAAGAAAAUAUCUCUCUCCUCUCCCUUCUCCUCUCUCUCUCUCUCUCUCUCGCCGUAAUCAAGAUCGAUCAUGGCGGCGGCGAUGGUGAGCUCUGCAAGCGGUCUUCUCGCGAUGCUCAACGAGCAGCAUCCUGCUCUCAAGCUUCACGCCCUCGACAAGCUGAACUCCGUUGUCCAUCUCUUUUGGCACGAGAUCUCUACUAGCGUCCCAACGAUAGAGAGUUUAUCUGAGGAUGAGGAGUUUGAACAGAGGGAGCUUGCUUCUUUGGUUGUGUCCAAGGUCUUUUACUACCUUGGCGAACUUAAUGACUCGUUAUCUUAUGCCCUGGGUGCUGGGCCUUUGUUUGAUGUUUCUGAGGAAUCUGAUUAUGCCCAUACACUACUUGCCAAAGCUAUUGAUGAGUAUGCCAGCAUUAAGUCUAAACCUGGCGGCGGAGAAAAGGAGAAGUUGGAUCCUAGACUGGAAGCCAUAGUGGAAAGAAUGCUGGACAAGUGUAUACUUGACGGGAAAUACCAACAAGCUAUGGGAAUGGCUGUUGAGUGUAGGAGAUUGGAUAAGCUCGAGGAAGCAAUAACUCGCAGUGAUAAUGUUCAUGGGGCUCUUUCUUACUGCAUAAACCUUUCUCAUUCCUUUGUGAACCAUAGGGAGUACCGUUGCGAGGUGCUUCGUCUUCUUGUCAAAAUAUAUCAAAGACUGCCUUCUCCUGAUUACUUAAGCAUCUGUCAGUGUCUCAUGUUCCUCGAUGAACCUAAACCUGUAGCAAGUAUAUUGGAGAAGCUUCUUCUGUCAGACAGCAAGGAUGAUGCACUCUUAGCAUUUCAGAUAGCUUUUGACCUUGUUGAGAAUGAAAGGCAAGCCUUUCUCUUAAAUGUCAGGAACCUCCUUCAGGAUUCAAAAUCGCCAGUACAUCAUGAGAAUACUGAACAACCUUUAGAAAAUCCUGAUCAAGGAUCUGCAGCUCCGAGUUCCGAAAAUGGAAAUGCAGGUGCAAGUGAUACAAACCCUACAAGUGAUACAAAUCCUACUAUGGGGGCGGGGGAUGUCCCGAUGGCAGAGGACUCUCACACUCCCAAUGGUACUGCAAAUGUCAUGAGCUCAAGUGAAGCUGCAUUUUCUGAAAAGCUUGCCAAAAUAAAAGGAAUUUUAUCUGGAGAGACGUCUAUACAACUUACAAUACAGUUCUUAUAUAGCAAGAACAAGUCCGAUCUUUUGAUAUUGAAGACAAUAAAGCAAUCAGUUGAAAUGAGAAAUAGUGUAUGUCACAGUGCAACUAUCUGUGCUAAUGCAAUAAUGCAUGCUGGAACCACGGUAGACACGUUUCUACGAGAGAACCUGGAGUGGCUGAGCAGAGCGACUAACUGGGCAAAAUUCAGUGCUACUGCUGGGCUAGGUGUUAUUCAUAGGGGUCACCUCCAACAAGGACGGUCUUUGAUGGCACCAUACCUACCUCAAAGUGGUGCCGUAGGUGGUGGCAGUCCAUACUCUGAAGGUGGUGCUCUUUAUGCGCUAGGUUUGAUUCAUGCUAACCAUGGUGAAGGCAUCAAACAAUUUCUUCGUGAAAGUCUUCGGAAUACUAAUUCUGAGGUUAUCCAGCAUGGUGCAUGCUUAGGUCUGGGCUUGGCAGCACUAGGAACAGCUGACGAGGAGAUAUACGAGGAGGUCAAGAAUGUGCUUUAUACUGAUAGCGCUGUCGCUGGUGAAGCUGCUGGUAUCAGCAUGGGCUUGCUUAUGGUCGGAACUCCCAGUGAAAAAGCAGGCGAGAUGCUUGCAUAUGCACAUGAUACCCAACAUGAGAAGAUCAUUAGAGGAUUAGCUCUAGGAAUUGCAUUAACAGUUUAUGGGAGGGAAGAAGAUGCUGAUGCUCUGAUCGAACAAUUAACUGGAGAUCAAGAUCCGAUACUUCGUUAUGGUGGCAUGUAUGCAUUGGCCUUGGCUUACAGGGGAACGGCAAACAAUAAGGCCAUACACAAGUUGUUGCAUUUUGCUGUAUCAGAUGUCAGUGAUGAUGUGCGAAGAACUGCUGUUCUAGCCCUUGGAUUUGUUCUGUACUCAGAACCUGAGCAGACUCCAAGAAUUGUUUCUCUGCUCUCUGAAUCCUACAAUCCACAUGUGCGUUAUGGAGCAGCACUAGCAGUAGGCAUCUCCUGUGCGGGUACUGGUCUGAGUGAAGCAAUUUCCCUGUUAGAGCCUCUUACAUCUGAUGUUGUUGACUUUGUUCGUCAAGGAGCCCUCAUAGCCAUGGCUAUGGUUAUGAUCCAGACGAAUGAAUCUUGUGACUCUCGAGUUGGGACAUUCAGACGUCAGUUGGAGAAAAUUAUUCUUGAUAAGCAUGAAGAUACAAUGAGCAAGAUGGGUGCUAUAUUGGCUUCUGGAAUUCUGGAUGCUGGUGGGCGUAACGUUUCAAUUAAGCUUCUUUCUAAAGCUAAGCAUGAUAAAAUCACAGCAGUUGUUGGUCUAGCAGUAUUCAGCCAGUUUUGGUAUUGGUAUCCUCUUACCUACUUCAUUAGCCUUGCUUUCUCGCCCACAGCGUUCAUUGGUCUGAAUUAUGACCUCAAAGUGCCAAAGUUUGAGUUCUUAUCUCAUGCCAAACCUUCUCUCUUUGAGUACCCUCGCCCCACUGCCCCACCCUCAUCAACAUCAGCAGUUAAAUUACCGACUGCUGUCUUGUCAACAACAGCAAAAGCAAAAUCUAGAGUGAAGAAAGACGCAGAGCAGAAAGCCUCUGCUGACAAGUCGAGUGAAGACACAUCAACCAGUUCAAGUUCUGGGAAGAGCCCGAAACCUUCUGAGAAAGAUAAUGAUUCAAUGCAGGUUGAUAGCACUGCAGAUAAGAAGCCAGAGGCUGAGCCAUCAUUUGAAAUCCUGACAAAUCCAGCUAGGGUUGUUCCUGCCCAAGAGAAGUUCAUCAAAUUUCUGGAGGGAAGCAGAUAUGUCCCAGUGAAGCUAGCUCCCUCAGGUUUCGUCUUAUUAAGAGAUUUGCAACCCUCUGAGGCUGAGGUGCUUGCUCUAACAGAUGCUCCGUCAUCUAUGACUUCACCAGCAGCAGGCACAGCAACUGCCACCACAGGAGGUCAGCCUGCUUCAGCAACGACAGCGAUGGCAGUAGAUGACGAACCUCAGCCUCCACCGGCUUUUGAGUAUUCUGGGUAGUGGGCGACUCUAGAAAGAAACUGUAUUCCUUUUCCUAUUGUUUCUCUUGUUUCCUUUUUGUUAUUUUUUGAACUCAAUAGGCAGUGUUAAUUUUAUUCAGAAGAUAAUUGAGUUCUGUACCAUCAAAUAGAGUUUAAAGUCUUGGGACUUCGCCUCUUUCCUGUUAUCGAAACUGAACCGAUUGAUAUGCGGACGGACACGGUGAGCUUUCUUCCCAUCUGAGCUAGUUUUUACCAAUAUGUUGUAUUUUGCUUAAACAAGCUGUUUCUGUAUCUCCUGCCAUGUUUUGAGAAUACGUCCAGUGUCUUUUUAAUCCCAA